CAGAUUCGGCUAGUUUAACUUUUGUAAACACUGUAUAUAUACUUUACAUGCGUUUGUGAAGUGUAUCAACCGUAUCUAUCAGAGAACGGAUACUCGUAUUCAACACCGUUGUACAUGCAAUAAAGUAUGCAGCUUAUGUUUGGAUUGUUUGUGAUCAGUGUUCAAGUUUUUGUUGUUACAUCUAAUAAACUGUUGUUAAUUCUUGUUGAUGGUUUUCGAUGGGACUAUUUCGAUCUGCCUCAAAUUCAGUUAAGGGGAUUUGAGAGGCUUAAAAAAGAAGGAGUUCGUGCAAAGUGGCUUGAACCAGUUUUCCCAGCGAAUUCAUUUCCUAAUUACAAGAGUAUGGAAACUGGACUAUACCCGGAAAGCCAUGGUCUUGUUGGCAACUAUAUCUACAAUAAAAAUACGGGAACCAUCUUCGACCAAUCAUUACUGGAUCCCGAGAACAGGGACCCAGUCUGGUUCUCCGGUGCCACACCUUUCUACAUAUCCGCUGAACAACAGGGGAAACGUGUCGGCUUAUACAACACUCUUGGCUGCGAUAUACAAAUUGACGAUACUCUUCCGUCUGUCUGUCGACCGUAUGAUUCUCACCUGACGUUUGAGAAGUUUUUGACGUAUAUACGUGACAUAGUGCAACGUUUCAACGCAGAUGAUUUGGAUAUCGGAUAUAUGAUGUAUGCGGAUGUGGAUGUAACAGGACAUUUAUCUGGUGUUAAUUCCCAAAAACUCAAUGAGUCUAUAAUUCAAGUCAGUCGCUUAUUUGAACUCAUCUUAGACAGUAAUAUUCGUGAAGAAGUUAACGUUGUGUUUCUGUCUGACCACGGAAUGGCGUCGGUUAGUGACACGAAUAUCAUCAACAUAACCAGUGUCGUCGAUAUGAGUUUAAUAACAGACAUAAUGGAGGCUGGACCACUAACAUAUAUUUAUCCACGAAGUGGAAAGGAAAACGAGGUAUAUGUUGCAUUGAAAACGUUCCACCCACACAUGCAUGUGUUUCGGAGGGAAGACUUGCACGAGAGGUGGUUCUUCAAGAGACAUUUUCUUGUACCACCUAUUCUAUUGUAUGCAGAUCUAGGAUGGCACAUUAUACACCCUAAAACCCUAAAAGGCUUGCUUCAGUUUAAGGCGCACCAUGGGUAUGAUAAUGCCGAAAAGGACAUGCGAGGCAUUUUUAGUGCUAUAGGACCAGAUUUUAAAACACAGCUGACUGUUCCGCCAAUCAAAAUGGUGGACGUGUAUCAGCUGAUCUGCCAUGUAACCGGGAUACAUCCAAACCCGCACAAUGGCACUUGGGCACAUGUGCAAUCUAUGCUCAGAGACAACCAUCAAGUUCAUGUUGAUUUGUAAAAUAAAAUU